UCGAGCACUUGAAACACAAAUGGAAACAAUUGUAGGUGAUGUAUUGCUUUCGGCAGCACUCCUUGCCUAUGGUGGAUAUUUUGAUCAGCAAUACCGUGAGAUAUUAAUCAAAAAAUGGACGAACCACUUGUUCAAUUCCAAUAUUCAAGUUAGACAAGAAUUUUCGGUGGCAGAAUAUUUGUCAUCAGCUGAUGAUCGUCUUUCCUGGCAAGCAAAUUCUCUUUUAGCCGAUGAUUUAUUUAUAGAAAAUGCCAUCAUGCUCAAGUGGUUCAAUAGAUAUCCGCUCAUCAUUGAUUCAUCUGGUCAAGCCACCUCAUUUUUGAUGAAUGAAUUUAAUAAAGAUAAAAAAUUUAUUGCCACUAGUUUCUUAAAUAACUCAUUUGUUAAGGUCUUGGAAUAUGCUCUUCGAUUUGGUUGCCCUUUACUUGUUCAAGAUGCUGAACAUUUUAAUCCUAUUUUAAAUUCCAUUCUCAACAGAGAAGUGCACCGUAAUGGUGAUCGCGUCCUAAUAAAAUUGGGAGGACAGUAUACAGAUUUCUCCCCAUCAUUUACGCUUUUCCUAUUGACUCGUAAUCCUUACUUUAAUUUUUCACCUGACGUAUGUAGCAAGGUAACAUUUGUAAACUUUAGUGCAACACGUAGCAGUUUACAAAGUCAAUGUCUCAAUGAAGUGCUUAAAGUUGAACAUCCUGAUGUGAAUUUGAUACGAACGGAUUUAAUUAAUACUCAAAGUAAACUUAAAUUGGAGCUUAGAUUUCUCGAAAAGUCUAUUUUACAGGUUUUAAAUGAAUCAGAGGGCAAAAUUUUGGAUGAUGCUAAGGUACAAGAUACAUUGAGGAAAUUGAAACAAAAAGCUACUAAAAUUACUCUCAGAGUUGAACAAAUAGACGAUUAUAUGAAAGAACUUAUAAGACAAUACACACCUUUGGCUUGUGCUUGUAGUUCU